ACCAAUGGGCGGGCGCGGAGGGGGCGCGCCCCGGGCGGUGCCGCCGCGCGCGGCCGUUCCCCGUGACGCGCAGGUGCGUGCGCGGGGCCGGGCGCGCGGCGGCGGCGCUGGUGGAAGGAGGUCACGUGGUGCGGGCGCCGCCGCUGCCAGCGCCGCGCGUCCGCCGCGCGCUCCGGCCGCUCCCGCCGCCACCGCCGCAUGUCGCUGGCGCCGCGCCCCGGGACCCCGCAGCCCCUGCCCGCCGCCGACUGCGCCGCCGCCUGCCGCCUCCUCCUCCUCCUCCAGAGCCGCAGCCGCCGCCCUUGAUGUGGUUCGGGGCCGGGCGGGGGAGAAGAUGCCGCCGUCCAAGUCCCGCAAGAUCGCGAUCCUGGGCUACCGGAGCGUGGGAAAAUCUUCACUGACGAUUCAGUUUGUGGAAGGACAGUUUGUUGAUUCGUAUGAUCCAACCAUAGAGAACACUUUUACAAAACUGAUCACAGUAAAUGGCCAAGAAUAUCAUCUUCAGUUGGUUGACACUGCUGGCCAAGAUGAAUACUCCAUAUUUCCUCAGACGUACUCCAUAGACAUCAAUGGCUACAUUCUUGUUUAUUCAGUCACGUCAAUAAAAAGUUUUGAAGUGAUAAAAGUUAUCCAUGGCAAGUUAUUGGAUAUGGUGGGAAAAGUCCAAAUACCCAUUAUGCUGGUUGGAAAUAAAAAAGACCUGCAUAUGGAACGGGUGAUCAGCUAUGAAGAAGGGAAAGCUUUAGCAGAAUCCUGGAAUGCAGCUUUCUUGGAAUCUUCUGCUAAAGAAAAUCAGACUGCCGUUGAUGUUUUUAAGAGGAUAAUUUUGGAGGCAGAAAAAAUCGAUGGGGCAGCUUCACAAGGGAAGUCUUCAUGCUCAGUAAUGUAAUUCCACUGCAGAACCUGAAAACACUGGGAAUACAUUCUACCUGAAGAAGCAAAACUGCCCAUUAUCUUUAAAGAUAAACUAUGCUUCUUUUUUUUUUUUUUUUAAUUUUUUUUUUCUUCUGUUAACCUGAAAGAUAAACAGUUGGUUUGGAGCCUUUCCCUUCAGAUUAUGUUAAACUCUGACUCCUGUGCAAAUGGCUUCACUUCCAUUUUCAAAUUUUAAGCAAUCAUAUUUUCAAUUUAUAUAUUGUAUUUCUUAAUAUUAUGACCAAGAAUUUUACUGGCAUUAAUUUUUCAGUGUAGUUUGUUGGUUAGAAUAAUCAUCAAAAUGAUGCAUAUUGUUACACUACUAUUAACUAGGCUUGGAUAUCAGUGUUUCUUUGUGUUAAAUGUAUACUUGUAAAUAAAAUAGCUGCAAACCUUAAAUGUUCUGUUUAUAAUUUUUCAUUGAUUACUCCAUAUCAACUUUUUUUUUUUUUUUAAUUUUAUUUUAUUUUUUUUCUUUGUGAAAAAUGUUCACCUGCUGACCUUAAGAGGAGGCGUGAGAGAGAUCCUUGGAGCCAAUGGAUUGUUUGACUAUUGCUUGGGAAGUUGUUUGCGAGUGAUCCCAAACAUUUUUUUGCUACUGGAACUCCAGGCUGGCCAAGGAGCUCAGCUUUGCUUUGUGCCCGUUCACGGGAAGGAGAGACGAGUGACAGCUUUUUUUUGUUUUGGAAGGGGUUUCAGUCAGACAAACCUGCUCUGUGUUUUUCCUCUGUACCUGUUGAGUGGAGGGUGCGCGGGUGUCCCGAGGAAGGGGCCGGCGGACCCCGUGCUGUGGACUGUUCACCUGGACUUGUAACUGGGAACGCUGUCAGGAUGGAGUGAAUUUAUCCAGGUCACAAGCGUAGACUUGUUAAGAGAACAAAAAAAAUGUCAUUUAAAAUAAAUUGCACGUCCUGAACAAACCGA